AUGUCAGAUACACUUGCUGAGAUAGGCCAAAGACUUGAACGGUUGAAGAGCAACACUUUUGUGAAGUCUAUAUCAGCUAGUGCCCAGACUAGCAGUGUAGAAGAGGACAAUAGUUCUUCUGGCCCAACGAGUGUAGAUUCUUUCGAUAACUCUAAUUCUGACAAAGAAGAAGAGAUGGCUGACAAUAACGAUGAAAAUCGAGCUUUGGAAGAUUAUGCUCAACCGGUGGCUAGUUUGGAAAAGAAGCUCGAUUCUAUGCUCAAUAUGGUGCCUAAGAUAGCUGAGGUGUGUGUCAUUUGCAACAUACCAGGUCAUUCUACUUAUCAAUGCACGGCUAGUGAGGCUUAUCCUGAAUUCGUUCAAGAGCAAGUGAAUCUCAUGAAUUCUUACAAUCAGAGGCCGAGGAAUGACCCGUUCUCUAAUACAUAUAACCCUGGUUGGAGAGAUCAUCCCAAUCUCUCAUGGAAGAAUAACAAUCAAUUUCAAAAUUUCCAACCAAAGGCUGCCACUACGCUUGAAGAUACGGUCAAAAUGCUAGCUCAAAACACCGUUCAGUUCCAGCAAACUACCAAUAGUCCCACUCAAGAAGAGAAUGAGAAACCGAAUGACGAUCCAAGCAAUGCCACUUCUUCGUUUGAAGCUCCAAAUUUUCACAAGGCUGAAAAACCUUACUCUCCACCCAUUCCAUUUCCUGGAAGACUUGCCAAAAGCAAGCAGGAUAAGUCAUUUAAAGAAAUUUUUGAUAUAUUAAGUAAAGUGAAUGUUAAUUUACCUUUGCUUGAUGUCAUUAGGAAUAUGCCAGCGUAUGGGAAAUUUUUCAAGGAGCUAAGCACUUAUAAGAGGAAGUAUGGACCUAAUGAGAAGGUGUUGGUGUCUGAAAAUGUGAGUGCUGUGCUUCAAAGAAAGCUCCCACCAAAACUCAAGGAUCCGGGCAGUUUUUCUAUCAAUAUCACCAUUGGAGACAAGCUAGUUGAAAAGCCUAUGCUUGACUUGGGGGCUAGCAUCAAUUUAAUGCCCUAUUCAGUGUAUCUUCAAUUAGGUUUGGGGGGUUUGAAGGCAACAACUAUUUCAUUGCAACUUGCUGAUCGAUCAGUUAAAUAUCCAAGAGGUAUAGUGGAAGAUAUCUUAGUUCAAGUUGACAAACUAAUUUUGCCUGCUGAUUUUGUAGUGUUGGACAUGGAAGAGGCUCCUCUACAUGAUCGUGAGUUACCUAUUUUGCUUGGGAGACCCUUUAUGGCCACGACAAAGACGAUCAUAGAUGUGCAAAAUGGUCUCCUCACCAUGACUGUGCUAGGAGAAACUGUACAAUUCAAAGUGUUUGAAUCUCUUUCUCACCCUUCUAGUUCAAUUGAUUGUUGUUCGAUUGAUGUGCUUGAUUCACUUGUUUUCUCUAAGUUUUUGCUGCCACAAUCCAAUGAUCCAUUACAAUAUGUUUUGAGUCAAUCUCAAAAUGACUUUGAUGAAGAAGUGCUCAUGGAGAUGGUGGCUGCCUUGGAAGCAUUACAACCAUAUCCCUCCACUUUUUCGCCUCUUAUAGAGCCAUUAGAACCAUCUGCCACACAUCUGAUCCCUUCUAUUGUUAAACCUCCAAAACUUGAGCUUAAACCACUUCCAUCACAUCUAAAAUAUGCUUACCUAGCUGAGUUUGAAAUCUCCCAGUUAUCAUAG